GGGCCGAGUGCACAUCCUCAUCACCGCGAGGUGAGGCUUUUCCUCCAGCAGUAGCACCGGUGUCUUCUGAGACUGCUGCCUCGGCUUCGUGCUUUCUUCUUUCGUCCCCCUCCCCAAAGGAGUACCCUCCCCUUCACCCCACACCUUGGAGAAGUCUUCAUUAUCAAGAUAAUCGUUGUCAGCAAAGGAAAAUUCAUAUGAAGUGGAUCCUUUUGAUGUGGAUGCCGAAAUUUUACCAGUUUUUUGUGUCCUGGGAAAAUCAUACAGCUAACACAUCACAGACCUUCAGUGUUUCAGACCAAACUAAGCGAAAAUGCGUUAUGUGAAUUAAAACAACUCAACACGUGAACUUCUUGCCUGAGCAUUGUAAAGACUGACUGGUUUGAAAAUGGAAAACCAAGAACCAGCGGAUCCUUCUCAAAAUACCAAACAGUCUAUUAUUUCAGAGGAGUUAAUUUCAGAAGGAAAAUGGGUCAAGCUUGAAAAAACAACGUACAUGGAUCCUACUGGUAAAAUAAGAACGUGGGAAACGGUGAAACGUACGACCAGGAAGGGGCAGUCGGCCGAUGGUGUGGCGGUCAUCCCAGUGCUGCAGCGGACACUUCAUUACGAGUGCAUCGUUCUGGUGAAGCAGUUCCGACCGCCCAUGGGAGGCUACUGCCUAGAAUUCCCUGCAGGUCUCAUCGAUGAUAAUGAAAGCCCGGAAGCAGCAGCUCUUCGGGAACUUGAGGAGGAAACUGGCUACAAAGGUGAUGUGGCAGAGUGCUCUCCAGCUGUAUGUAUGGAUCCGGGCUUGACAAACUGUACCACACACAUCGUGACGGUAACUAUCAACGGAGAUGAUGCUGAAAACGUGAGGCCUAAGCCAAAGCCAGGAGAUGGAGAAUUUGUUGAAGUAAUUUCCUUACCAAAGAAUGACCUGCUGAAGAGACUUGAUGCUCUGGUAGCUGAAGAACAUGUGACAGUGGACGCCAGGGUCUAUUCCUAUGCUCUGGCACUGAAACAUGCAAACACGAAGCCGUUUGAAGUGCCUUUCCUGAAGUUUUAAGGCCAAAGGACAGUAGCCAUGUUUUUACAAACAAGACCACCCACCAGGCCUCCUUCACUAAGACUUUGUUAUUCAGCUUAGCUUAAUGUAGAUUUGAAAUUAGUUUUUUCAUUAAAUAAAAGCAACACAGAAUA